AUGCGCGCUGAUGCGGCUUCUGCGAGACCGCCGCGCUUGAGCAAAGCAGAGCGUAGAGCAGCACGCAAGAUCUUCAUAGCAGGUGGCACAGAUGGCAAGGCUGCGGGCGCCAACACAGAGAAGCAUUCUGCACCAGCAAAGAGUGGGGAGUGGCAGCGGGUCGAUAAGAAGUUGAUGCGCCUGAAUUGUGAUCUGCCAGAGUCCGCCGCCAUUCGCCAGCUUGUCGGACGUAUCGCUGAGGGGGCCUCGACUGGCCUCGUCGUGUGGGCUGGGCGGCCGACCUGCCCGGCGUGUGAGUGCUCGCCAGUCUUGAAGUGUCCGCCGCUGACCUGCACGACCGGCGACGUUGCCCACAUCUCGCCAGUGACGCCGCUCACGGUUGCGGUCAUCUGCGCCUGCAUCGCCCUGCUUGCCUUCUUCGCGGGCCGGCUGACGCGCUUGGGAGCUAAGACCGUGCGGUACGCCGACGACCUGGACGCCACUGCUCGGGCCCAGGUGGCUCAGUACAAGGCCAAGGUGGGCGACUUCUGUGUUGUGCGCUACAACGUUCCAGGUGGGGCCCUGUACCACGAGCGGCUGGUCCACUACCUGCCGCUGGGUGCCGGGCUGACCGUGUCCAUCACCACGCCCGACGGCGACGAGUACGAGGAGGUGUGGGGCCUGCCCGACAUCAUCGAGUGGGAGCCGCUGCCGAAUCGGCAGCCGGGUGGCGUGCUGAUGGGUCGGCCGGGAGCGCGAUACUAUCGGUUCAGAGCUGGUGCGAUGCCGACCGCUGCGAGCCUCACGGCGUCCGCUGUGGCUGCUGCUGGACGCCUGGGCCAGCCUGCGCCGGGCGGGCCCUUGGUGCCGGCCCUCGGUGGGCGCCUCGUCGGGCCGCCGGCGGGAGGUGCCGCGCCCGGCGCGCUCGAAGCCGGGGGCGCCGCUGCCCCGCUUGGCGGAGCACCGGGCGCGCCGGCGGCGGCCGCUGCAGCUGCGCCGGGCGGAGUGGCCCCCGCAGCGGGGCUUGGCGGCCUGGUGGCGGCGCUCGGCGGCCCAGCGGCAGGAGCACCAGCCGGCGUGCUGGUUCCAGGCCCGCUGCCCGCCCCCGCUGCGGCCGGCGCCGCGGCGGCCGCGGCUCCAGGAGCCGACGGAGUGCCCGCCGCCGCUGCCGCCGGCGCCCCAGGGGCGGCCGCCGCCCCUGUGCCCGCGGACGCGGGCGCCGCCGCAGCCGCCGCGGGCCCGCCCGCUGCUGCGGGAGGCGCGCCCGCGGGUGCUGCGGGCGCUGGCGGCCACGUCCAGGACGCGAGGGUGCUCCCGGUGGUGUACGACGCCAUGGGCAACCGUCGGCGGGAGUUCCGCGAGGCGGUGCUGGCCUGCCGGGAGGACCAGUGGGCGGGGUGGCCCGUGCGCGGACCUCGCACCGCGCUCUGGGUCCUGCGGUACAUCAUCGAGCACGGCGGGACGCCGACCGGGAUGCACUCUCGGUGGCGCAGUGAGGCCCGCCUCCAGGAGCACGAGCCCGGGGUGCAGGAGCAUGAGCGCUCGUGCCGGGCGCUGGAGGAGCUCAUCUGCUACGACCAGUGUAAUGGUGCGAAUCUGGCGGCCGUGGAGCUGCUGGUGCGGAACAUCCAGGUGCAGCAGGAGAGGUACCGCGACAGGAGCGCUGGCGGCUCAGGAGGCGGCGGCCCAGAUAGCGUCGACACGCACCUGUACAUGGGCAGCGAGCUGACCAGAGGCGGCUGGCGCGGCCCCCUGACUGAGACGCCUGUGGACCGCGAUGCCUCUACCGGUCCGCCGGACAGAGAGGUUUUUGACAUGCUGGGGCAGAGUGCCCGCCAGCGCGACAUUUUUCCGCUGCCCCCGCUGUGCCGAGAUCACGUCGGCGCGGCGGGCCGCCAGGACCUGUCCCGGGUCACCAGGCGGCGUGGGGGGGCUGCCAAGCACAUCCUCGAUUGGGGCGACGACUGCAUCGACGCCCUGAACGACUUGUACGGCCACCAGGAUCGGCCGGCGGUCCCCGCCAACGCUGGUCAGCGACACGCAGUGGAUCAUGUCGAGUCGCGAGUGCGCGCGCUGGGCAAGCCCCCACCAGAGGCAGGCUUCCGCGAGGGAGCCCUCCGUGAGCUCCUCGCGGGGACGGGGAUCUACCAGACGGGUGAUCUCUCCUCCCGACGGCCGUAUGUCAAGGAGUCCAUUUCCUGGCCCUCGCCCGACGUGCAGCCCGUCCCGCUGUGCGCUUGCUUGGGUGAGGCCGAGUCUGAGUGGCUGGGCCGCUGGCAAAGCACCUUGCUCAGGCCAGAUCAACCUACAUCCGCAGAACGUACUGAGUUCUGCCCGCACGGACCUUUUUUUGAUCCCAGUCUCUUCAGUAAGCCUCUGCUUUACGCAGAUUUUGUCGCCAAGUCGCUGGCCCGCGGCAUGGUGGAGCUGAGGGAGGACUGCGACGCGGCCACCGUGGGCUGCUUCUUCGUCGCGAAGAAGAACAACAAGUUGAGCUAUUUGAUACGGCACGACACCUACCUUGCCUCGGGCGACAUCGACAAUGCCUUCUACAGGUUGCGGCUGCCCGACGGCCUGUCGUCCUACUUCAGGCUGCCCGCCCUGGACGCCAGCCUGCUCGGGAUCACGCACCUGGGCGGGGCGCGGCUCGCGCGAGGGGCGCGGGUGCAGCCUUGCGUCUGCGUGCUGCCGAUGGGCUGGAGCCACGCGCUGGCCCUCUGUCAGGGCGUGCUGCGGCGGGCCCUGGACACCGCGGGGUUCACAGAGGGCCAGUGCAUCGAGGACGGGAAGGCCGGGGUCGUGGUCGACGAGGAGGGCGCCCUGGCGGUCGCCGGCUACGUCGACAACUACGCUGCCCUGGGUCGCUCACCGGCCAUCGUCGACCGGGCCGCCCUCGCCGUCACGCGCGCGCUGACGGAUAAGGGGCUGCUCACGCACGAUGAGGAGCCGGCCGCCCGCGAUGCCACCUUCGUAGGCCCGACUGUGGAGAUCAGUGCGGCGCGAGCUCUGGCGAGCUCGCUGUAUCUUACCGUUGCUCCUGUGGGCUCCAUCAAUGACCCCGACAAGGCCCUUGAGAACCUGCUGGUCGACAACCCCGUGGUCUUCGACGAGGCGAUCGCGGUUUCUUCACUACUCCAUAUCACGUGCACCUUGCCCGGCCGCAUGGCUGGGCGCCGGCGGCCAGCGGCGGCGCAGGCCGCCGUCGAGCGGGCGAGGAACGCCCAGCAGGUGGCCGCCUCCACGGUGCAGACCUUCGGCCUCUCGGUCCUCGAGUCCGCAGCGAUCCGCCCGAACACGCAGAGGCAGUGCCAGGACCGCCUGGCGACGCUGGUCCUCUUCUGCCGGACGUACCACCUGGACUGGGGCAGCUGGGAGACGCUGGACAAUGCGGUCACCGCGCUGCUGAACCAUCAGUUCCUGGACGGCAAGUGCUCGGACCUGGGGACGCAGCUGAUCGCGGCGCUGGCGCACGUCUACCCGAGGCACCUGGUCGCCCCGGUGUCGGCGGCAGGCGCGAGCUACGCGAGCUGGGGGCUGCUUCUCCACGACUUCGAGCUCGGCCAGCCGUCCAAGACCGGCACCUCGGACGACGCGGUGCUCAUCGACCAGGCCACGCGCCUGCUGCGGGAGCUGCAGGAGGUCCACAGCGACAUCUUCGGCUUCGGGAACUUUGUGAUGACUCACUUCACGGGACUCGUCGAGCACGGGCUGACUGGCCCGCUUUUCGACCAGGUCCCGGCGAGCGUGAGGGGCCUGUUGCUUGCGAGCCAGAGCGGCGGGGCCACGUCCGCCGCCGGCCGCGGGCGAAAGCGGUUCGCUGCGAGCCUGGGCCGGGCAGUGCGCUUGCGGUCGCUGCUGUUCCUCGAGCUCUUCGGGGGCUGUGGCCGCGUCGCGGCCAGCGCGCAGGCCAGGGGCUAUGCCGCGCUCAGCCUGGACAUCAACGGCUCACCUCUUGAGAACCAUCUCACCCCAACCUUCCUCAACAGGAUCCUGGGCUGGAUCGCAAGCGGGGCCAUCGCCGGGAUCUGGCUCGGUACGCCCUGCAGCACCUGGCAUUUGCAGCAGGACUCUCCGGCCCCACCUCGAGCUCAGUGGGCGGGCGCCAGACUUCCCUCUCUGCGUGCGAUGGCGUGCACUCAUGAGGCGUGCCCGCUCUUCGGUGCGCUGCCCGCGGCCGCCGACGAGCUGGGCCGCUGCCGGCGCUGCGGGCAGGCGUUGCCCGGCCAUGGCGUCGCAGCGGCUAUCGCACCAGCCGCUGAGGCGGCCCAGCCGCCGCUGCCGCCGGGGCUUCCAGCUCCUGGCGAUGGCUGUGCAGCCCCGCCCGCCGCCGGGCCGCCGCUGCCGCCAGGGCUACCCGCUGGGGCCGCCUUGCCUGCCGCAGGCAGCCUGCACGCCGAGGCCGUCGAGUCCGGCGCCACGCAGGGCUUGGCGGCUCUGCGGAUGGACGCGAACGCGGACUCCGAGGCGGGCCAGCUGGAGGCCAUCGAGGUGGACGACGACGACAUCAGGAGGACGGCAGCCUCGGCCUCUGUCCUCCCCGCGCCCCCUGGCUGGCGUGAGCAGGCCUUUACCGCCUUCGUCGAGCAGGAGAUCUCGCGCUUCCUCCCCUUGGUGUCAGCAGCAGCCUCGGAUGGAGCCCAUUGUACGGCUCCGCCCAUGCCGCACUCGGCGACGGCCCUGGGCGCUCUGCUGAACCGCCUGGGAUACGAUGUGGUAGCCACGGAUCCCUGGAGGCUGCUCGGCAUGGCUCUCUUGGAAGGCCCUGACCCGGAUGAGAUCAUCAUCAAUUCUCGGCUGCACACUGCGUUGACGCUCAGUGACUACGUGUGCCAAUCUGGGCAGGACCCGGGGGCGGCAGCCGAGAUUGAGGAGUUACGGAGGAGGGUACGGAGGGCGGCGGAUGCUUGCACGGCCGCUCUACCUGAGGCUCUCAGGCUGCGCCAGCGCGAGAAGGUCUCGAAACUCCCCCUCCACAAGGAGCUCGGCGCCGUCGCCAUCCAGGACAUCGCGGCGGCGCUUCCCGCGGGAGUGAUCCUCCUCACGCAGUGGUCGGACUUGGGCAAGGUGUCGGGCGUCACCGCCGCAUCUAUCCAGGACGCUCGAGCCAUAGCCACCCUGGCGGAGAAGGGGGACAAACGCUUCUGGGACAUGGUUGCGGGGCGCUCGGUGCUGGUAUGGGCCCCAGGGGAUCGCGGCUCCCUCGCCAGGCUCAUGGGCCAGUUCAUGAAAUCACGCUCCGGCGAUCCACGGCCGGUGGGCCUUUACUUCAUCACCACGGUGCCGGAGGACAAGGUGAUCAUGGAUGGAACUUACGAGGUCAUACUUCCAGGACGGGGCCCCCCUCGCAUGACUAGGGCUGGCCUUGCCAUAUUCCGUGUUCGUCCAGAGGGAGUGGCGGCGAACCCGAGGCUGGGGGUGGUGAGGCACGCCAUCUGCGAGAUCGACGCGCCCCGCACGCUGACCCUCGACAUGCGCGCUUCGGACUUCUUCCGCGUCUCCCAGCUCCUUGAUGCUGCGGCACUCCAGGGGGUGCUGGCCCGAGACCCCCGGAGGAACCCUCUGCGCACGAAUGACAUACCUCGGAUCACAGUCGACUGGGUGCUGCCCGAUUCUGUCACGGACUUGGAGACCUUGCUGUUCAUGCGGCAAUCGCGUAUUGGCCCCCUCCCACGGGAUGCUUUCUUCGGGCUGAAAUCCAUCGUCUGUGAUUCGGGAUCUCUGCUGCUUGAGCUUAGCACGCCGCUCACGGCCCACCACUACUGGCCCCUCUGCUCGCAGUGGGUCCCCGUCGCCGGGGAUAAGGUGGUGGUCAUCUCCGACGCGGCGCCGGCGACAUGGACCGACGCGAUGACGAAGGCCAUGCAGCUGGAUCCUCCUGGCCGCGGUCACGAUCCGCCGCGUGCCGGCCAGUUCACGGGCAGCUACCGGGUGAUCACUUGGAAUGCGCAGGCUUUCUUCGCUUCCAACCGGGCCCGCGCGCUGGGGAAGCAGGCCUUCGCCGCCAAGCUCCUGCAGAGGGCGGACAUCGUGCUGAUCACGGAGGAGCUAUUCCAAGAGGAGAUGACUCAUGAGUGCGAGUCGGCUUUCUCGCGCAUCGACCGCUUAUAUUCCAACCAGCACGCGGGGGAGACGAUCGACCGGGAGUUCCGCGUGGCAGCGCUGGAGUGGCGACGGGAUCUCUCCAAUCAUCGGCCUGUGUUCGCUUGCCGGCGGACGCCUGAUAGGUCCGCUGCGGGCCUCAAGCCCCUCUCCGCCGACGCUUACCAGCACCCUGACUUUGUUCGACGAGUCAAGUUGGAGAUGCAGGAGAGGCUGGCGGACGCCCCGAACAUCUCGGCUUUGGGCUGUCUCCGCUUGCUGAAGACGGUGAUGCGGGACGUCGCCUCGGGCCUUGCUCGGGAGUCCACGGGCUUCCAGGCGGCCACGGACGACGAGGACAAGCUGGGGGUAGUGAUGCGCUUUUUACGGGCGGCCGAACAAAGAUGCCCCUCUGCCAUAUCUCGGUGCUUGAUUCGAUACCCUCGCAUCUUAGAGUUCGUGUGCAAUCCGUAUGACUUUGAUGCCAACCUCUCUUCCUCCUUGCUCCGACUUCGCGAUCACGCUGUGGAGCUCGCGCGGGACAUCGCGUUGACCAGAACGCAGGCGUCCCGCGACGACGACGGCGACGACUGGAUGGAGAAGAACAGGAAGCGGAAGAAGGGCUCGCGGCUCCUUUUCCGGCUGAGUCCAGGCAGGGGCGGCGGCCUCGGCGCCAUCGUCGACAGGCACGGCCGGGUGGUCACCGACUCGCGCGGCAUGGCGAACAUAUUGCGGAGCCACUGGGCGGCGACAUUCGCAGCGACAGGCGCGGGCGAGAACAAGCUCGGCGACUGGCUUGCGGACGACGCGGCGGCCAGAGCUGCAAGUGGCCCGCCUCGCCUUGAUUGGGGUGGCUUCCGGAUUCGCCGGAAGGAUAUUUCGGCGGCCAUCCGUCAGGCUAAAAAUUGCUCUCCGGGACCCGACGGGAUCCCCUACGGGGCCUGGCGUGCCCUGGGCAGCCUUGCCGUGGAUACCCUGCACAACGCAUUGCGUGAUCUGGCAUCACCGGAUGGGCAGCGCAUCCUGGAGCAGGAUUUCCCGGACUUCAACGAGAGCUUGCUGUUCUUCCUCCCCAAAUCCUCCAAUGCUGCCGCCCCGGAUGGCACCCCGGCGUACGAGGCACAGAAUGUCCGGCCCUUGAACGUCACGAAUUGCGAUUUCAAGGAGAUGGAGGAGAGGGCGGCGCGCCUACUGCUGCCUGGCCCAGGGGGCUGGCUGUCUGCGGCCGCGGCCAAGGACUUGAAGGCGGCUCACUUUCCGGACCAGCUGGUGGACAUGUCUGCUGUGGCCGUGGCCGCCAAAGCCCGGGUCCAUCGAUUCGAGGCGGACUCCAUGGGAGGUCUGCAAGUGGAGGACCGCAUACGUCGAUUGGAGGAACCACCACUGGCUCACUGCUCCCUGGCCCACAGCGCCUGGGUGUCGCAGUGGGUGCGCAACUCGUUCUUGCACAUCUUGUCCCGGGCGGCUGCUCACGCCAGCAUGCUGCUGCAGCGCGCCGCCGGCGUGCGCUCGUGGAUCAGCCUGCAGGCGGGAUGGCAGGGCCAGAUGACGAAAUUGCUGGCUGUCGGCUGCAGGGGCGAGGCCAUGCGGCACUUCCGCCGGAAGCUGGACAGGUGGCGGUUGGACGUCCUCCCCGGCCGACGAGUGGGCAGGGCGCUGAGGGUCUUGGACGUCCUUGCCCGCCGUUCCGCACCUCGGGUUCAGGCCGCGUUCAUCCGGACGGUGACCAAUGGUUGGUGCACCCGGCAUCGUUUUCAACAGCGAGGCCAUUGCCCCUUCCGCUGCGGGGCCGAGCGGGACUCCAUCGAGCACCUGGCGUGCUGCAGCGCGGUGCACGCGCUCCUUUCCACCCACCUGCACGGCGGCAGCUUUCGGUCGCCGCAGACGCUCGACGAUUUUCUUUGCCUUUCUUUGCAUGCCUCCGAGGAGGAAGUUGUGUCGCGCGGAGUGGGGCUCUACGCCAUCUACCGCUCAUUUAAUGCCCUCAGAAACGGUGGCCUUGCCCACAACGACUU